AUGUCCUCCUCUCCCGAACACGUGACUCCUCCGCGCGCGGAGAACCUGCAGAAGAGCGCGAGGACUGGAGCUCCGCUGCUUCCUUUCAGCGUGGAGGCGCUGAUGAGCCGCGCGCACACGGUUUCCUCGCACGAGCGCGGAUCUCGUGCCUCCUGUGCGGCUGUGCGCGAGGGAGCGACGGUAACGGCAGAGAGUCCAGAGCGCGCGGACCGGAGCACGAAUAUCCGGGUCUCCCCCCCUCCUCCCAGGCAUGUGAGCCCUCCAGCAUGUCCCCUCAGAAAACACAAGAGCAACCGAAAGCCCCGCACCCCGUUUACCACGGUACAGUUGCUGGCACUUGAGAGGAAGUUCCUGCAGAAACAGUACUUGUCUAUCUCAGAACGAGCUCAGUUCUCCAGCUCUCUCAGCCUGACUGAGACUCAGGUGAAGAUUUGGUUCCAGAACCGUCGAGCCAAGGCAAAACGCCUGCAGGAGGCAGAACUCGAAAAACUUAAAAUGACUGCCAAGCACAUGCUUCCCCCAAACUUUGGAUUUACUUUUCAGCUAGGGGAACACAUGUCCACAUCAUACGGAGGUUCCCUCACCUUUCAGAGAUCCUCAGCACCGGUUCCUCUUGGGGGGGUAUACACAGAGGUGCAUGCAGGAUUCGGCAUGUACCACCUAACAUGAGAUUUUAUUUUACUGCUAGAAAACCAGACAGCACUUAGAGAGAUAUUAACAUUCGCCAAAAAUAUCAUCAUUAAACACUUUCAUACCCCCAACACACAAACACACACACAUACACACAAAUACAUGCAUGCACACACGCCCACACACACAAAUGCACACACACUUGCUUUAAUAUGUAAUUGUAAAUAAAAUAUGUCUCAGUUAAUGCUAAGCUAAAUAUCAGGGUUAGUUUUAUUGCUG